AAAGGCAAAUAUAAGGAAAAAAAAACAGAAAGAGAAGAAAUUACGAAAAGUCAGCCAACCCAGUGCAGAGUCCACUCUAGUUUUGCGAUCUGAAGGAAGAAAGUCGAAGCAGCACUUCUCACAGGCGCAUUUCUCCUCAGUCCCUCCCAAACCGAAACCAUGCUGAAGCUCCUCAGUGUCCUCACCUUCCUAACCCUAACCCUCCCAUUUCUCGCCCACUCUUUCUCGCCGGACCACCCAACCGAUCGCCGGAUCCUCGUCUUGCUCGACGACCUCGCCCUCAAAUCCUCGCACUCCUUGUUCUUCAAGUCCCUGCAAUCUCGAGGCUUCGAGCUCGAUUUCAAGCUCGCCGAUGAUGCCAAGAUCUCCUUGCAGCGUUACGGCCUGUAUAGCUAUGACGCCUUGAUUCUCUUUUCUCCUUCGGUCGAUCGGUUUGGAGGGUCCAUUGACCUGGCUGCUAUUCUUGAUUUUGUGGAUAGCGGUCAUGAUUUGAUCAUUGCAGCUGAUACCAAUGCAUCUGAUUUGAUCCGACAAAUCGCAGUCGAGUGCGGAGUUGAUUUUGAUGAGGAUCCAGCGGCUGUGGUCAUAGAUCACACAAGCUAUGCAGUUUCCGACACUGAAGGAGAUCAUACAGUUAUUGCUAGUGAUGAUUUCAUCAAGUCUGAUGUAAUUUUAGGAAGCAAGAAAAUUGAGGCUCCUGUACUUUUCCAGGGGAUUGGCCAUACGGUGAAUUCUGAAAAUAGCCUGGUUCUGAAAGUUCUCUCAGCUUCACCUUCAGCAUAUUCUGCUAACCCCAAAAGCAAGCUGUCAAAUCCUCCAUCUCUCACGGGAUCUGCUAUAUCUUUAGUUUCAGUUGUGCAGGCAAGAAACAAUGCUCGGGUUUUGAUCUCUGGUUCAUUAAGUUUGUUUAGCGAUAGGCUUUUCAGAUCUAAGGUUCAGAAGGCUGGGAGCCCAAAGAAACAUGAGAAAUCAGCUAAUGAGCAGUUUCUGACUGAACUUAGCAAAUGGGUUUUCCACGAAAGAGGUCAUCUCAAGGCUGUGAAUGUAAGACACCACAAAGUUGGGGAAGCAGAUGAACCUGCAAUUUACAGGAUCAACGAUGACUUGGAAUAUUCGGUGGAGAUUUAUGAAUGGCAUGGAAAAAGUUGGGAGCCAUAUGUUGCUGAUGAUGUUCAAGUGCAGUUUUAUAUGAUGAGUCCCUAUGUUCUGAAAACCUUAUCGACUGAUCAGAAGGUAAUGCAUGUUAUUCCCUCCAGACUUUCUGUAUUUCCUGUAGAUUUUCUGUUGAUACCCUUUCUGAUUUUUGUUUUAUUUUUUGUAUUGCAGGGCAGUUAUUUUACAGCGUUUAAAGUUCCAGAUGUUUACGGGGUGUUCCAGUUCAAGGUUGAGUACCAGAGGCUUGGCUACACAAGUUUAUCCCUAUCAAAGCAGAUUCCUGUUCGGCCAUUUAGACACAAUGAAUAUGAAAGAUUCAUACCAGCAGCUUAUCCCUAUUAUGGAGCAGCAUUUUCUAUGAUGGCAGGCUUCUUCAUCUUCACGGCUGUCCACUUAUACAGCAAGUAGCUAUAGAACAAUUUGUCAGGGAAGAUGUACCGCGGGCACUAAGAGCUUAGGAAUGGAGAUUUUGAUAGGCAAUAGCAUUACGCAGACUUUUCUAUAUUAUAGGACAAAUUAUAUCGUUGAGGAACUGCUAAUUAUGCCAAACCUUUUUAUUCAUCCAGUUAAUAGACACCAUUAUCUCCUAGGCCGCCACGGGCGUUUAUACAUUUAAAAGUUACUCUCAUGCCAAAAAUGCCCAUCAGAGAGAAAUGAGAAAACUGGUUGAUUUAUGGAGGCUGUAAAAGUGUUCUGAAAGAUGGUUAAUAUCUGAAAAUUCUAUUUUAUGA